AUCAAAUUGAAAAGAACGAAGUUAUGCUAAAUAGCAGAAAACACCUCAGAAGAGAGUGAAAGACGAGGUUAAAGGAGGCAUUACCUGUGAGUGAAAGCGCAUUAAGGAAAUUGGAGGUUUGGGAAUUUCAAGGAUGGACGAAAUAAAGCGGUUAUUUGGGAGAGAGGUAGCGAAAUGUGAAUGCUGUGGUUUCAAGGAAGUUUGCACACCGGCCUACAUUGCGGGCGUUAGGAAGGAUUUCCAUGGCCGGUGGGUAUGUGGGCUGUGUGCAGAAGCUGUCAAGGAAGAGCUCUGUAGAUCAGAGAGGCAGAGGAGUAUAAUUGUUGAAGGCUGUAGAUCACACAGGAGGAGUAUAACUAUGGAAGAAGAAGCCGAGCUCUGUAAGAAGAGUAUAACCAUUGAAGAAGCUCUCACAGCCCACACCCAAUUCUGCAAGCAGAUCAAUGUAAUUUAUCCAGCUCUAAAGAUUUCCAGAGCGUUGAGGCAGCUGCUACGUCGACGGUCUUCGCAAGCGCUGCGGGCCACCCAGAGCAGUUCCAGCCUUCCCGUUGCAGAUAAUGUUGAGCGUCCUACUCUCGGCCGCUCUGCUAGCUGCUUGUAGUAAAUGGUUGGGUAGACUCGUGACCUCGUGCUCUACCACUUGAAGCUCUCGCUAAUCAAGUUAGGUCUCAGUCUUAAUUUAUUCAGUUUGUUUAAGAAUGGGGAAGUAUUUUUAUAAGGUCUAAAAUUCUUGUACUGGAAAAUUUAUUCUAAUUAUUCUAAUUUGUUCAUAUUUUCA